GCCCCGCAUUAAUAGUUAGGCAACGGCAAGUUGCGUCCGUUUAUUUUUUUAUUUUUUUUAGUACGUUUGUGGUUGUUUAUUUUUUUGUUUCGGGAAAAAAAUAAAAUAAACGACGAUGUUGCCCGGGCCGCGACUGGAAUGAACGCCGUGAUAUGUUUCUCAUAAAGUGAUUACCCUUUCGAUUUAGUUUUAAUUCGUAACUUUUAAGUUGUUUGUUGUGUGGUUUGGUUUAGCUGAAACUGGAGGAUACUUAUUCGGACCGACUGUGAAUUGUGCUUCUACGUUCAUAAACUGAACGUUUAAAUCGAACGACUUUCAGUUGAUGCAAACAUGGAGGACGCACACGCAAAAACUGUGGACGAAGUCCUCAAGUAUUUUAAUGUAGACCCUGAGAGGGGUUUAUCUCCAGAUCAAAUUAAACGAAACCAAGAAAAAUAUGGACCUAAUGAAUUGCCAGCAGAAGAAGGCAAAUCAAUAUGGCAGUUAGUUUUGGAGCAAUUCGAUGAUCUAUUAGUUAAAAUUUUGUUAUUAGCUGCAAUUAUUUCAUUUGUUCUGGCUCUAUUUGAAGAACAUGAAGACUUUAAUGACACACUAACCUCAUUUGUGGAACCCUUUGUUAUUUUACUUAUUUUAAUUGCAAAUGCCAUUGUUGGUGUUUGGCAGGAAAGAAAUGCAGAGUCAGCCAUUGAGGCUCUUAAAGAAUAUGAACCUGAAAUGGGUAAAGUUGUCCGAGGGGACAAAUCUGGAGUCCAGAAGGUUCGUGCCAAAGAAAUAGUUCCUGGUGAUGUUGUUGAAGUAUCUGUUGGUGACAAGAUCCCCGCUGAUAUUAGGCUCAUCAAAAUUUACUCAACGACAUUGAGGAUUGAUCAGUCUAUCUUGACUGGUGAGUCGGUCUCAGUAAUCAAACAUACUGAUGCAAUUCCAGACCCAAGGGCUGUCAACCAAGACAAGAAAAACAUUUUGUUCUCUGGUACAAAUGUUGCCUCAGGCAAAGCUCGAGGUGUUGUCAUGGGAACAGGUCUUGCCACCGCCAUUGGUAAGAUCAGAACUGAAAUGUCUGAGACUGAAGAAAUCAAGACUCCCCUCCAGCAGAAGUUGGAUGAAUUCGGUGAACAGCUUUCCAAAGUUAUCUCAAUCAUUUGCGUUGCUGUCUGGGCUAUCAACAUCGGCCACUUCAACGACCCGGCCCAUGGUGGCUCAUGGAUCAAGGGUGCUGUCUACUACUUCAAAAUUGCUGUUGCUUUAGCUGUAGCUGCCAUUCCAGAAGGUUUACCUGCUGUAAUCACAACUUGUCUAGCUCUUGGUACAAGGCGUAUGGCCAAGAAAAAUGCUAUUGUCAGAUCUCUUCCCUCCGUAGAAACCUUAGGUUGCACCUCAGUUAUCUGCUCCGAUAAGACUGGAACUUUAACCACCAACCAAAUGUCCGUUAGUAGAAUGUUCAUCUUUGACAAGAUUGAAGGUAAUGACAGCUCUUUCGCUGAGUUCGAAAUCACUGGUUCCACCUAUGAACCCAUUGGAGAAGUUUUCUUGAAAGGCUCAAGAGUCAAGGGCUCAGAUUUUGAAACUCUCCAUGAACUUGGAACAAUCUGUGUCAUGUGCAACGAUUCCGCUAUUGAUUUCAACGAAUUCAAACAAGCUUUUGAGAAGGUUGGUGAAGCCACUGAAACUGCUCUGAUUGUGUUGGCUGAGAAAUUGAAUCCAUUCGAAGUUCCGAAGUCCGGUCUUGACAGACGUACCACUGCCAUCGUAGUUAGGCAAGAUAUUGAAACUAAAUGGAAGAAAGAAUUCACCCUUGAGUUCUCCCGAGACCGUAAAUCCAUGUCCACAUACUGUGUUCCUCUUAAACCCACGAAACUUGGAUCUUCACCCAAAUUGUUCGUCAAGGGUGCCCCUGAAGGUGUUCUUGAAAGGUGCACACACGCUCGUAUUGGAAGCCAGAAAUUCCCUCUUACCUCUUCCCUGAAGAACCGCAUUUUAGAUUUGACCCGUCAAUAUGGUACUGGGCGUGACACUCUUCGUUGCCUUGCCCUGGCCACCGCUGACUCUCCAGCCAAACCAGAAGACAUGGACCUUGGUGACUCCAACCAAUUCUACAAAUAUGAAGUCAACCUGACAUUCGUUGGUGUUGUCGGUAUGUUGGACCCUCCCAGGAAGGAAGUCUUCGAUUCCAUUCAGAGGUGUCGUGCCGCUGGUAUCCGUGUCAUUGUCAUCACUGGUGACAACAAGGCCACUGCUGAGGCUAUCUGCAGACGUAUUGGUGUUUUCGGUGAAAAUGAAGACACAACCGGCAAAUCUUACUCAGGACGUGAAUUUGAUGAUCUCCCUCUCGCUGAACAGAAACAGGCUGUUGCCAGAGCAAGGUUGUUCUCAAGAGUAGAACCUGCUCACAAAUCCAAAAUUGUUGAGUUCCUGCAGAGCAUGAAUGAAAUUUCUGCUAUGACUGGUGAUGGUGUGAAUGACGCCCCUGCAUUGAAAAAAGCUGAAAUUGGUAUUGCCAUGGGUUCUGGUACCGCUGUCGCCAAAUCAGCCGCUGAGAUGGUCUUGGCUGAUGACAACUUCUCAUCCAUUGUAUCUGCUGUUGAAGAAGGUCGUGCUAUUUACAACAACAUGAAACAGUUUAUCCGUUACCUCAUUUCCUCAAACAUUGGUGAAGUUGUCAGUAUUUUCUUAACUGCUGCCCUUGGUUUACCCGAAGCCUUGAUUCCCGUCCAACUCUUGUGGGUCAACUUGGUCACUGAUGGUCUGCCUGCCACUGCUCUUGGUUUCAACCCCCCUGAUCUCGACAUCAUGGACAAACCUCCCCGAAAGGCUGAUGAAGGUCUUAUCUCUGGCUGGCUCUUCUUCCGUUACAUGGCUAUUGGAGGCUACGUCGGAGCCGCUACCGUUGGUGCUGCCGCUUGGUGGUUCAUGUACUCACCAUACGGACCCCAGAUGACUUACUACCAGCUCACUCAUCACUUGGCUUGCUCUGGAGGUGGCGAGGAGUUCAAGGGCUUGGACUGCCAUGUUUUCCAUGAUCCUCACCCAAUGACAAUGGCUUUGUCCGUCCUUGUCACAAUUGAAAUGUUGAACGCCAUGAACAGUUUAUCAGAAAACCAGUCGCUGAUCACAAUGCCACCAUGGUCAAACAUGUGGCUCAUCGCCUCAAUGGCUCUUUCCUUCACUCUUCACUUUGUUAUUCUCUAUGUUGAUAUUUUGUCUACUGUUUUCCAAGUAACUCCAUUGUCUCCCGACGAAUGGAUUACAGUGAUGAAAUUCUCCAUCCCUGUUGUAUUAUUAGAUGAAACCCUUAAGUUUGUAGCUCGACGAGUCACUGACGUCGCCCCACCUGUAGUUCAGGAAAAAUGGUGAAAUGUUCUGUUAGUCACAUAAUAAGAGAAACUUUAAAACCUCUUAAAGAAGUUAUAACAAUAACUCAAGUAUAUUUGUACCAAUUUUCUUUUUCCAAAAUAUCUUUGGAGUGAGAAUCAAAUUUGUACAUACUUUCUUUAGGAAUGUAGGGAUAGACGCAUGAAUAAGUGGCUGCCUUAUAUGAAAUUGUACCCGAAUGAUCAUCAUGCACUCGGUUUCAACAAAAAAAUUCAUCUACCUUAAUUCUUCUUUUAAUUAACAUGCUUUACUAAUGCUUCAAUCAAAAAUCGGAAUUUCCAACCAAGUUAUUUGUCACAGCUGGGUACUUAGGAACCUUUUACAGUUAGUGGCCAACAGCGGCUGUGGUCGUCCAGAACAAAAUCAAGGAAGGAGAGGAAAAAAUUGAAAAAUUUGACUUUGUCCAUCGUGUGCAGCUGCCUGCUCGCAUACUGAUGCCAAAUUCUUCUACAAUGGCAUCAAAAUAAAAUUUUAUUUUUCCUUUGAAAUGGUACUAACGAUUUUAAUUUUUAUUUCAGCUAAAGAUCAAGUCAUCGACAAAUGGUGAUUUGUCUACAAAGAGAGCAAAUUAGCUACUCCUGUUUGGCCAUCCGCUUUCUACUCACUUACCUACAAUGCUUCUAUCUUCUGCUGACACCUUAUGCUUCAAUUGCAUUACCUUCUACUUUCCUGCUAAUCCAUCUUGUUUUCUUACUGUUAAAUACUUUCCGAUCAAAGUCAGGGGAAAGAAAACAUUAAUAAUUGAAUGAAUGCUGAGCUAAAACGCUUUACUAAUAAUUCAUCAGAUUUUAAAAAUGAAUAAGAUCUUUUAUUCAUGAACCUGCCCCAUUUUUCUGGAAUUAUGAAUUGAGAGAUGACCCGUGCCUUUAUUUUUCCAGUACCUGCCCAAGAGCACCAACCUUUAAAACUUUUUUUUUCUUCAUUCACCAAUUGCUUAUAAUUGCAAACGCCCCGAUGCUUCCUGGCUUUUUCUAACUCUCUCCUCUGCUUCAAAAUAAACUACACCAUUUCAAUUAUCAUUAGAGUAGAUGAACCUUGUUAGAAUAUAGGUGUAUGUACGCAUACACAAUGUUACAUACAACAUAUACAUAUUUUUAUUUUUCGUUUUUGUACAAAUUUAUUUUAUUUUUAAUUCAUUAUUUUUAUACAUGUAUUAUAGUCUAAUUAUUGUUAAAAUAAAUCUCAAAAAGAAAAUUAUUAAAAACUGAAGACGAGUAAUUUUUAUACUCCUCUCAUAAGAUUUAACUGAUUGCGGAUACAAGCACAUGAGGUCAAAAUAAUGAUUUCAUUUACUGAAGAAAAAUGUAUGAUAUUAAGGUGACAGCUGCGCACAGUGAUACAUUACCACCUAUUCAAAUUAGCGAGAUAGUGAAAGAGGGAGAUAAUAAUUUUUAAGAACCUAGAUGCAAAUUUACUCAAGUCACGUCAUGGUAUCAAAUUUUUAAAUGGUAAAGUUUUGGAUAUAACCCAAUCAUACUCUCUAGGUAAUCUAAUACGAGUGUAAAAACCUACUUUCAAAUAAAAGUCUGCACUCUCCUACGAGUCUAGAGUUUUACUGACAAAGCUGUAGAGAUAUUUUUCUCAUAUUUAAAGUUUCAAAUACAACAUUUUGAGAAGAAUAACUAAUGCUAUCCUGAUUAUUCUGAUUGUUAUUUGUGUGUUCUCCUCGUAGGAAUAAAUAGUUUGUUUUAACUCAAGUGAAAUAAUGAGCUAUUAUAAUAAUUGGGAAUAAUAUAAGUAAAUAGUUCAUUUUGUUGCUUUUUCUUAAAAUAAUAGCACAACUUUGCUUACUUGACACAUUCACUGCUUAGUUCAUGGUUACAGAAAUUCAUGAGCUCAAAUUUUGACAUCUACCAAGAGAAAGAUCCGACAAUUUCUUGCAAGCAAAGAGGUAAGAUUUUAUGCUCAUCAGGUGAUUCAAUGCUAAGAUCUGCACACAAAAUGCAUUUGAGUAGCAAUUACUUUAAUUUUAUGACCUUUGAUCUUAGAUGGUUUCACAGUUUUUUCAUUCCAUUUAGUUCUCUUUCACUACUUUAAUAUCCUCUUAAGGUUUCAGUGAAUGUGUUCUUUCCAGCGAAAGAGAAUUAAUUAAUACACCUGUUGUAGGUUUUAAAUUUACAAUGAGUUACCCGUAGUAAAUUCCUUUGCUCAUGUAUUCGUGUCAAUGUUGUUAUUUGUUACAAUUAAAAUUUCUGUUAAAAAAAGAAGCAAAAUAAGGCUUACCCUUUUGUACUUUCCACUUGGAUAUGAUUUAUCGAGUUAUUUUCUUGGAACUAACGAUUUAGAAGGAAUGCAGUAAAGUUCCAUAAAUAUCCACAUUUUAGAGUAAAUAAUGAAAAUUCAAGUAAGGUAAUUAAACUGCGAUAAGCAAAUUUAUCCUCAAUGCAGCUGGACUCAGCGCGAUUUUCAUCUAAGGAAGGAAGCAACUGAUUUUUUAAUGCAUCAAGUUGAUGGAGAUUGACCAAGAAAGUUGGUUUAAAUCUCAUUCUGAUCACGAGGAACUAAUAAUACCUAUGAGCUUAAUUCCUUGGAAAAACUGAUGGCAUAAUUUUUGAGAGCCUGUGUAAUUGUUUUGUAAAUAAAAUAAAAUAAAAAUGAAAUAAAAAUUUUAAAAAUACCAA